AUGCCGGACCCAGUCUCAGUCGGGAUCGCCGUCGGCGUCGCCACGGGCGCAGCCGCCAUCGCGCAGUCGCGCCUGCAAGCCGCCCGCGACGCGAAGGCUGCCGAACGCGACGCGUCGACCAUCAGCGGGAUCCUGAAGGAGAUGUCGCUGACCACCUCGCGGGUCCGACAAGGGACCUCAGCGGCCUACGGCCGCCUGGCGAGCGGCUCGACGCCGCGGCGGCCGAGUUUGACGCGGCGGCCGUCGGCGAAACGGGUACCUAUCUUUUCGUACGGCGAAAUAGCUGGUUUGAGCGUGCGGUUGCCUGCCGACGGCAAAACAUGUGGACCAAAGGGGUUGCUCGUCACCGACGCGCUGCGUGGCCAGUGGGCGCACCAGUGCGGCGUUCAGGCCGGCGCGCGUUUGAUCGCGAUCGACGGCACGCGCCUCGAGGGCCUCGACGCGGCCGAGAUCCGGUUGGCCGCGUCCAGGGCGUCGCGGCCACUCUGGCUCGACGUCCAGCCCGGCGGGCACGCGCCGACCGGCGACGCGCUGUCCGGCGCGCACCUGCUGCUGUGA